AGUCUCAUAUAUAAUAAUUUCUAACUUGUUUUCGCAGCAGGCAGGCCACUACUCUCUCUAGCUAAAACCCUUACCACUAAUCUCUCAUCUAUUUUUCAUUAUCAUCCUUCUAGCUAGUUAUUACCAUAUACUAAAUAAUGAAGUUAUAUCUCCGUCGUCCACCCGUACUUACAACAUUAACACUACUUAUUCUGAUGUUUUUUCUAUUAAUUCCACUUGAGCAUCUUAGAUGCUCCGCUCAACUUUUGCCCCUACAAGAAGUUGAGGCUCUUCAGUCAAUAUCCUCAAGGCUGCAGUAUAGCGAUUGGCAGGUUGCUAGAAAUUCAUGCAGUGGAGGUGGAGGUCUUAAUAACUCAAUAUCUCAGAAUGAUGAAGGGCUUAUUAGAUUUGGCAGCAAUGUAACCUGCAACUGUAACAGCACUGUUUGUCGCAUUACACACAUCCAGUUGAAGGGACUUAAUUUGACAGGAGUUCUACCUGAAGAAUUUGCAAACCUCACUUCUCUUCAAGAACUAGACCUCUCUCGCAACUAUAUCAGCGGAAGUAUUCCAGCACGUUUGGCUCAGCUUCCCCUUACCAUUUUGAGUCUUUUGGGAAACCGCAUCAGUGGUUCAAUACCUAGUGAAUUAGGUGAUAUACCGACACUUGAGGAACUAGUCUUGGAAGACAAUUUGCUUGAAGGACCACUUCCACCAAACCUUGGGCGUUCACCUCUCUUGAGAAGAAUCCUUCUUUCUGCAAAUAAUUUCACAGGAACCAUUCCGGAAUCAUAUGGCAACCUUACUAAUUUAGAAGAUUUUAGGAUAGAUGGAAGUACAUUAUCGGGGAGAAUACCUAGCUUGAUUGGGAAUUGGACAAGACUCACAAGACUUGAUAUGCAAGGAACAUCAAUGGAGGGGCCUAUUCCUUCUACAAUAUCUCUGUUGACAAAUUUAACUGAACUGAGGAUUACCGAUCUGACUGGACCAAGUUCACCCUUUCCUGAUCUGCAAAAUAUGACACGCAUGGUUAGACUGCAUUUGAGAAAUUGUUUGCUUACUGGCUCAAUACCAGACUACAUAGGACAGAUGACUCGGCUGAAAAACUUAGACCUAAGCUUCAAUAUGUUGGAUGGUCAAGUACCUAGUUCAAUUGGAAGUGUGGAUUUUGACAGCGUGUUUUUUAAUAAUAACUCACUAUCUGGAGAAAUUCCUGCUUGGGCAUUCGUCAAUAAUAGAAAGAUUGACUUAUCCUACAACAAUUUUACACAAACACAAGAACGGAAUUGUCAGCCAUCUAGCUUGAAUCUGGUUGCCGCCUUAUCAUCUUCAGAAACAAGCAACGGAAAUUCUUGGUGUUUGACAGACGGACUUACUUGCAGCAGAAAUCCAAACCGUUAUUCUUUAUUUAUAAAUUGUGGUGGAAACAGUGUAGACUUUGAAGGAAAUGAAUACGAGCAAGACCUGACUGAUGAACAGUCUUACUUUUAUCCUUCUUCUGAGAGAUGGGCUUAUAGCAGCAAUGGUGUUUUCUUGGGAAAUGAUAAUGCACCAUUUGUCACGCGCACAUCAAACGUGACAGGUGGCAGUUUAUACAACACGGCCCGCCUUUCACCUACUUCCCUUAGAUACUUUGGGCUGUGUUUAAGAUCAGGUAGCUACAGAGUACGCCUCCACUUUGCUGAAAUAAUGUAUACUGAUGAUACGACUUUUAAUAGCUUGGGAAGACGUAUCUUUGAUGUAUCAAUCCAAGGACAAUUGUUAUUGAAAGACUUUAACAUCAGGGAAGAGGCUAAUGGUACCGGCAGGGGUAUCGUUAGAGAGUUUGAUAAUGUUAUUGUUAACGGUAGCACAUUAGAGAUUCACUUGUACUGGGCAGGGAAGGGGACUACUGCAAUUCCAGAUCGAGGUGUAUAUGGCCCGCUUAUAUCAGCUAUCACUGUAACACCAAACUUUGAUAUCCCCACAGAUGGACUCUCUGCUGGGACGAUAGCUGGAAUCGUGAUUGGUUCGUGUGCAUUUGUCAUCUUAAUAUUGGCUGUUCUUUGGAAGAAAGGUUAUCUGGGAGGGGAUAAAGAAGACAAAGAACUUCGGGCUCUUGAAUUACAGACAGGCUAUUAUAGUCUGCGACAAAUUAAAACUGCUACGCAUAACUUUGAUCCCGCAAACAAAAUUGGAGAAGGAGGAUUUGGACCCGUUUACAAAGGUGUUCUCUCAGAUGGCUCUGAAAUUGCUGUUAAGCAACUCUCUUCAAAAUCAAAGCAAGGGAACCGAGAAUUUGUCACGGAGAUAGGCAUGAUAUCUGCCUUACAACAUCCAAACCUCGUUAAGCUUUAUGGAUGUUGUAUAGAAGGAAACCAGUUGUUACUGAUAUACGAGUACCUUGUAAACAAUAGUCUUGCACGCGCUCUUUUUGGAAAAGUGGACCAACGUCUUAAUCUAGACUGGGCAAAAAGACAAAAGAUAUGUAUACAAGUGGCGCGGGGCUUAGCUUAUCUCCAUGAAGAAUCAAGGUUGAAAAUUGUUCACAGAGACAUAAAAGCCACCAAUGUGCUUCUUGAUAAGGAUCUUAAUGCGAAAAUAUCAGAUUUUGGUCUUGCGAAACUUGAUGAAGAAGAAAAUACCCAUAUCAGCACACGAGUUGCUGGAACAAUUGGGUAUAUGGCUCCAGAAUAUGCCAUGAGAGGAUACUUGACAGAUAAAGCAGAUGUUUAUAGCUUCGGAAUUGUUGCAUUAGAGAUUGUGAGCGGCAAAAGCAAUACAAAUUAUCGGCCAAAGGAGGAAUUUGUCUACCUUCUUGAUUGGGCCUAUGUUUUACAAGAGCAAGAGAAUCUACUUGAACUGGUGGAUCCUGGACUCGGUUCAGACUACUCGAAGGAAGAGGUGAUGAGGAUGCUGAAUGUGGCUCUACUAUGCACCAAUCCAUCACCGACACUUAGGCCAAAGAUGUCAGCGGUAGUGAGUAUGCUGGAAGGAAAGAGUCCAGUUCAGCCAGCUUUAGUGAAAAAAGGAGCUAUGGAUGCCGACAUGAGAUUUAGAGCGUUUGAAAUGCUAUCACAAGACAGUCAAACACUAACCUCUGUUGUAUCAGGGGAUAGUCAACGGCGGGGGAGCCUGUCAACUGAUGGUCCAUGGGUAGACUCGUCCGCCUAAAGGAAUAUCACUUUUUGUGAUCAUUAGUUUGUUGUUAUUGAUAAACAUCGUCUUAGAUAAGUUUGCCAUAUGAAUUUGAUUUAUAGAGAAAUAUACAUCAAAAUCUAGUUUACGUUUUUUUCAUUAUUCUGAAAAUAUUAUUAGGAUGGACGCUUAACAUGCUUCUGUUUGUGUUUUAACGGUGUCCUUGAUGUAUAAACAUUGUAGAUAUAUUUCAUCUACUAUUGCUUGUGGUACAAAGAUCAGGCAGAAAAUUAUUUGUAA